AUGUCCCGCUAUGCAGACGCUCACUCUGCGCCGAAAGGCCCUGGUGAUGCUCGUCCAACUGCUCUCCAAAUCGUCAAGGAUGAGGGUCUUGAGGGCAAGCUGAUUGACAAGGUGGUACUCAUUACAGGGUGCUCAUCAGGCCUGGGCAUCGAAACAGCUCGAGCGAUCGCUGCUACAGGUGCCAGGAUCUUUGCUGGUGUACGCAACGUCCAGAAGGGCGAAGACGCAUUGUCCGACAUUCUCAAGAGUGGGAAGGUAGAAUUGUUAAAGAUGGAUCUCAAUUCCUUGGAGAGCGUCAGGGCAGCCGCAGAGGUCUUCAAAAGCCGGAGCGAAAAGCUGAACAUCAUGAUAAAUAACGCUGGUGUCAUGGCUACCCCUCAAGGCAAGACAGCCGAUGGCUUCGAGACUCAAUUCGGCACGAACCAUCUAGCCCACUUCCUCCUGUUCCAACUCCUCAAGCCACUCCUCCUCUCCUCUUCCACCCCUGCAUUUCCUUCUCGCGUCGUUGCCCUCUCCUCAUCCGGUCAUCGCACUCACGGCAUCUUUUUCGACGACUACAACAUCGAAAAGACGGCCUACAAUCCCUGGGUCGCCUACGGGCAGAGCAAGACUGCAAACAUCUAUUUAGCGAAUGAAAUUGAGCGACGGUAUGGCGACCGCGGAUUGCACGGAUAUAGUCUUCAUCCAGGCGGGAUACAAACCGGAUUGCAAAAUCACUUGGGCGAAGAUAUGCAGGCGAUGAUGAAGCAGCCGGAUAUCGUGAGAAACAUGAAGAGUCCAGAGCAGGGCGCUGCUACUAGCGUAUAUACAGCGCUAAGUAGGGAGGCAGAAGGGAGAGGAGGCAGGUUUUUUGAGGAUUGUGCGGAAGCUCCGCCCGUGGGCGAUGGGAAGGGGAUGAUGGCCGUGGGAUAUGCGACUUGGGCUUACCAUGAAGAGGGAGAAAAGAAGCUUUGGAAGGAUAGCCUGAAGAUGGUAGGGUUAGAGGAUGAUGUAUGA